AUGUUCUGCUUCUGCCUGCAGGGCUCUCUGCUGAAGCUCCAGGCUCUGGAGGAGGAUGCGAGCUCGCCGCCUGGGUCUUCGCCUGACGAAUGCCCACCCUGCCUGGGAAGCAGGGACGACACGCAAGCCCUCUCACACGCCAGUGCUAGGGAUGAACAAAACCUGCAAGUUGCAGAUUACAGGCCGACUGAGGGCGACGGCAGCGGCGAGCUCCAGCAGAGUCCCGGUCCCAGUCGUCUCAUCUCUUCUAUCACGGAUGGAAACAGCCCGCUGCCCUCACCACGCUGUGCCAGCCUUAGCCUCAGCCAGCGCUUCAACAUGGAUCCCGAGAGCGCACCAUCACCGCCAUGCACACAGCAUUUCAUAAUGCCUCGUGGGAUGGUCAGACUCGAGACGAGCGAUGAUGCCAAAGACGCUCCGUCUAUCGCACUCAUUACCAAGCACAUCCAGACCCUCAAGAAAAGGAUACGCAAGUUUGAGGAACGCUUCGAGCUAGAGAUGAAUUAUAAGCCAUCACACAAUGACAAGUCUGCUAAUCCAGAGGUAUUAAGGCUCAUGAGUGAACUGGCCAAGUCUAGGAAACAACUUAAAGAGCUAAAGCUGAAAGAGGAGUCACGUGGUCAGGAGAACGACGACCCCACCGAGAGCUGCAGACACUCGAACGGCCUGCAGGAGGCGCUGGAGCAGCAGCAGCACAGACCCUCACUGGAGGAGACGGUCGACAUGCUGUUCAAGAGACUGAGGGAGAAACGACAAACCCUUGGUCUCCCCGAAAACAUGAAGGAGAUGACACAGAGGCAAAUGGCGCUGGAGAAGCUCACGCUGCAGAAAUGCCUGCUGUACUUCGAGAGCCUACAUGGACGUCCUGACACUAAGCAGGAGAGCAGCCUGGUGAAGCCGCUGUACGACCGAUAUCAGAUGGUCAAGCACAUGCUGUGCACCUCUCCCACCAUCACCACGAUAGAGGAAGAGGAGGGCUCGGACGAAGACUACACGCAGGAAUCGCCGCCGCCGUCGCGGGGAGCGACUCCAGAGUCCAUGGAAGAGGACGAGGAGGGGGACAGCGACACCGCCUUCGUCUCUCCGCUGGACGAGGUGAAGGCCGUCCGACAGCCGGCGCUCAACAUGUCCAACCUUCAUUCUGCCUCCAGGUCCGAGCUGCUGCAGUGUCUGAGAGAGACUCGGGCGGAGAAGAAGAGACGACGGAAAACCAUCCGGCAGUUUGAGGAUCGUUUCUUCAGACAGAUGGGCAGGGCGGCACAAAAGGACGACAGGAUUCCCAUGACGGACGAGUACCAGGAGUACAAAACCCUCAAAGCUAAACUGCGCCUGCUGGAGGUUCUACUGAGCAAGCAGGAAACCACGUAACCCUCCGAAAAACACCCAGACGUACCCCAGUUUGCCUUUAAGUACACACCCACAUGUACAUACGUGGACCAAACCAUGUCUGACUCUCUGACUCGUGCCAUGAUACCACAGCAAUGCACUUUAACUACAGUUGAGCCGCCCGGACGUCUCAGACCCGGGGUUCCGUCUCACCCUGCGUUCAGACCGCCGGCGAUUUUUACACCUCAGCACUCGAAUCGCUGAUCCCUCGUCACCCUGCGUUCACACCGGAAGCGUCAUCGGUUACCAGGAUUUUACUGACGCCAAAACCAUGGCGGUACAACUAAGUUUAAGUUUCAUUUUGAAGAAUUAAGUCAUCAAAAAAGUCGAAAAUUUAAAAAUCGAAAAUGAUUUCAGGAAUAAAAUCAAAAUAAUUUAGAGAAUAAAAUCAAAAUAAUUUAAAAAUUAAAAUCAAAAUGAUUUGGAGAAUAAAAUCAAAAUGAUUUAGAAAUUAAAAUCGAAAAUG